ACAAAAUUUUCUUUUAUCUCCAUUUCCACUUCUGAUUCUAUUCUAUCUUCCUCGCCACUUGGAAUCAACAGCCAAUGCAGCAUCUUCCUUUGUAAGAAAAAGAUUCAAUUACAAUUUUCAAAACCCAUCAAGCAUUUUCUCCCAAUGGAUUCCAUCUCCUCAUCAGGCACUUCUUCUUGCUGUUACAUCAGCCUCAUUUUUUUCAUCAUCUUCAAAGGCGCAGCAGGGGUAACAUUUACAGUAAUUAACAAAUGCGACCACACAGUAUGGCCGGGGACUCUCGGCAAUAGCCAGUUGGAUAGUACCGGGUUUGAACUUCCACCAGGCGGCUCCAGAUCCUUUCAAGCCCCUCCCAACUGGUCGGGAAGAUUCUGGGGCAGAACUGGCUGCACAUCUGACCCCACCACCGGACAGCUCACUUGUCUCACCGGUGACUGCAGAUCCAACCAACUCGAGUGCAAUGGCAACCCUGCAAACCCGCCCACCACCCUAGCGGAAUUCACCAUCGGGUCGGGCACCACCCAGGACUUCUACGACGUUAGUUUAGUCGAUGGGUACAACCUGCCCAUGAUCAUCGAGCCAAGUGGCGGGUCGGGACCAUGCCUGUUGACAGGUUGCGCGACAGACUUGAACCGGAAGUGCCCGGACGAAUUAAGGGUCGGGUCCCGCGACGCCUGUAAGAGUGCAUGUAACGCUUUCGGGAACCCAGAGUACUGCUGCAGCGGCGCGUAUGCCUCACCCGCCACCUGUAAACCUUCGAGAUACUCUGAAAUUUUUAAAUCAGCUUGUCCCAAAUCCUAUAGCUACGCCUUCGACGACCCCACCAGCACAUUUACAUGUACCGGCGCCGAUUACAUGAUUACAUUCUGCCCUUCAUCCACAAGUCUAAAGUCUGCAAGCAGUACCUCACCGGAUACAACAACCACUGGGGGAUCGGAGACGGAUUCAGGGGGAUUCGCUUCAUGGUUACCGGAUUUCCUCACCGGAGAGUCGUCCAAGACCCUUUCCGGUUGUGUUUUUUAUACCACAUUGUUAACUACUUUGAUUUCCCAUAUCCUUCUAACAGUAUUUUAUUCAUAAUCUCAAAUUUUUGCUGAAAUGGUAAUUCGGGUCGGGUCCUGUCUUAUGAGGAGAGCUUUUAAGGUCCAGAUUGUAAAGCCCAAUUUUCCAGGGAAAUUGUAUAGAUUAGAUUCUUUGGAAUCAUAACAAAAUUUUUAAUUAUUU